GUGAGGCCGCGGGAGCAAUCUGGGGACGUGGCCUAGCUCUCAGGCGCCAGCGGGGGGCGUGGUCUCACCGGGGGCGGGGCCUGGCGGACGUGGCCCGAAGCCCCCACGUGCUCGCCCGGUGCCAUGAAAUGUGUCAUCGCGGGCGGCAACGUCAGAGUGCUGGGCCGAGCCGUGCACUCCCUGUCCCGCAUCGGCGACGAGUUGUACCUGGAGCCCACGGAGAAGGGGCUGUCCCUGCGCGCUGUCAACUCCUCCCGCUCUGCCUUCGUCUCCUUCCUCUUUGCCCCCCUCUUCUUCCAGCUGUACGAGCCGGGCGGCCCCACACCCGACACCGAGCGCUUCCGAUGCAAAGUCCACAUGAAGUCCUUCCUGGGCGUGUUCCGCUCGCUGCCCUCGCUGGAGAAGUCGGUGGGGAAAUGCCUCAUCCUGCUCAAGCCCCGCACCAGCCGCCUGGUCCUGCAGCUCCACUGCAAGUAUGGUGUCACCAAGACACAUAACCUGGCCUUCCAGGAGUGUGAACGACUGCAGGCCGUGUUCAACACCCAGCACUGCUCCAGCCGCCUCUGUGCCCCAGCACGUGUGCUGGCAGACGCUGUGGUCCAUUUCCCCCCGACGCUGGCUGAGGUGACGCUGGGGACUGGCCCUGGGGGCAAGAUCAGCCUCCGGAACUAUGUGGAGGACGAAGCAGAGCUGAGCAAGAUGAUGGUGACGGAGCUGUGGCUGGCUGAGGACGAGUUCCAGUCAGUGAUCGUGUCCCCGGGCUCCCACAUCACCUUCUGCCUCAAGGAAUUUCGGGGGCUGUUGACCUUUGCUGAGGCCUCCAACCUGCUCCUCACCAUCUCCUUUGAUGAGCCUGGCAGGCCGGUGAUCUUCACCCUGGAUGACACCGUGCUGGAGGUUCACCUGGUGCUGGCCACCCUCUCCGACCUGGAAAGCAGCUCUCUCCCCCCCCCCACCAACGGCGUGUCCCACCUGCCCACCCCUGCCGACAACCUCGCCGAUGACCUCGAGUCCUACAUGGUUGCCCUGGAAACCAGUGGCUGUGAGGGGGCAUCGGGGGGACCCCCCAGCCACACCUUCCCCCUGUGCACCCCCCGGGACCCUGAGGAGCAGGAGGAGGAGGAGGAGGAGGAGGAGGACAGAGCUGUGCCAGGGACACCCCCUCACAAGAAGUUCCGCUCCCUGUUUUUUGGCUCGGUGCUGACACCGGGGGGACCCGGCCUGGCUCCCACCCAGGAGGUGCUGGCGGAGGACAGCGAUGGAGAAUGUUGAGCCCCGAGCCACUGCCACCCCCCCAGCAUCCAGCCACCAGCACAGGCACCCCCCAGUGACCCGAUUCAUUACAAGUUUAUUCCCAAAAAAAUUCCUCCUGCCCCCCCUCCGCUGCCACCCCAGGGCUGGGCUCCGGGCUCCCCCCUCGCCCCAGCACUCCCUGCCCUGGCACUGGACUUGCUUUGGUGGAGCGUGGCUCAAAGAGGCGGGGAACAGGAUCCUCCAAAUAAAAAAACUUGAGUCGAAACAAAA